AUGGUUCACCCCUGCGCUUCACACUGCAAUGUUUUAGUAUACUCAAUUUCCUCGAGAUUUUUAAAGUGUUUUCCCCUGAGUUUGGUUAGAUUUUCGAAAAAUCAUCCCGUCAACUUCUCACCUAAACUCCAUCGCCUUCUCUUUUGCAGAAAUUGCCAUACUCUUCUUAACCGAAAAUUUAUUACUAAUAAUUCUUACACUAUUAAUAAUUUUAAUUUUACUAAAGGGGAGUUUUCAACUCAAUCCAGUUCUAAUACAAAUAAAACAACUGAUCCAAAUAAACAAUUGAAUGAUCAGAAUAAAGAAUCAGAUGAUGGAAAUAAGAAUUUUAAAAAUGAAGUAAAAGAGGAAGUAAAAAAUGAAGUAAAAGAAGAUAGAAAAGAUGAGAAGAUAAAGGGAGAGAAAGUGUUUAAUUUAUCGGAUUUUAAGAAAAGUUAUGAAAAGGAUAAAAACGAUGAGGAGUUUAAAGAAGAACCAAAGUCGAGAUUUUGGCGGUUUUUUGACCCAUCGACUAUGUUUGCGGUAGGUCUUGGGGCUAUUAUGGUCUUGGAACUGAUUGACACGGGUGUUUUAAAGAAUGAAAUUACGUUUCAGGAGUUCCUCUCAAAGUACUUUAUUAAGGGAUACGUUGACAGAAUCCAAGUGGUUAAUAAAGAUUUCUGCCGAUGUUACCUCUCUGAUCUCUCACCAAUUAAAACACCCAAGUUCGUCUCCUUCAGACUCGGAUCCAUCGACGCAUUUGAACAGAAAAUCGAUGACAUACAAGGAUCGAUGGGACUUCAUCCUCAGAAUUACAUACCAAUUCAUUAUGUAAAUGAGGUGAAUUUCCUUGCAGAAGUGAAGAAGAUAACGCCAUUUGUUCUGGUAACACUAUUAUUAGCAAUGGGAGUGAGGAAAAUAAGCGUCAAAAGUUCCUCAGGGAUGGAUCGAUUCCUUAAAAUGGGAAAAGCAUCACCACUAGAAGGAAGAGAUGUUAAGGUAAAUGUAAAGUUUGAAGAUGUAGCUGGUAUGCGUGAGGCGAAGUGUGAAAUAACAGAGUUCGUUGAUUUUUUACGCUCACCAAAGACAUACGAAUCUUACGGAGCCAAGAUUCCUAAAGGUGUUUUACUCUGUGGAGCACCAGGAACUGGUAAAACACUAUUGGCUAAAGCGGUUGCGGGUGAGGCGAAUGUGCCAUUUUAUUCCAUGAGUGGUAGUGACUUCAUAGAAGUGUUUGUGGGAGUUGGACCAUCACGAGUGAGGGAUUUAUUUGAAAAGGCAAGAAAGAACGCACCGUCAAUUGUGUUUAUUGACGAAAUUGAUGCCAUUGGUAGAAAAAGAUCAAAAUCAGGUUUCAACGCAGGGUCCAACGAUGAGAGGGAAAAUACACUUAACCAAUUAUUAGUGGAGAUGGAUGGGUUUAAGAGUAGUUCAGGUGUAAUAGUUCUGGCCGGUACUAAUAGAGCGGAUAUUCUAGACCCUGCUCUUACAAGACCAGGUCGUUUUGACCGUACGGUUAACAUUUCACGUCCAGACUUGGAAGAACGCUAUGAGAUUUUUAAAGUACACCUUAAACCUAUUAAAAUCAACACCAGUAGUCCUGUAGGCUCGGAUAAAACUGCCGAAAAUGUAGAUAAAAAUGCGGAAAAGAAUAAGGUAAUGGAUGAGUUUGCCAGGAAACUGGCAGCUUUAACACCGAACUUUGUUGGCGCAGAAAUAGCUAACGUAUGUAAUGAAGCAGCCAUACAAGCGGCACGUCGUAAAUCAGCUAACGGAGUGGAAAUGGUUGAUUUCGACAACGCUAUAGAGCGAGUGAUGGCGGGAAUGAAAAAGUCAGGUGAUAUCCUAACGCCUCAACAGAAGUUAGCAGUGGCAUACCAUGAAGUAGGACAUGCACUGGUGGGUUGGUUCUUAGAAAACGCUGACCCAGUACUGAAGGUUUCAAUAAUACCAAGAUCGUCAGGAGCACUUGGGUUCAAUCAACAAAUGCCUGAUGACUCAAUGUUGUUUACAAGGGACGCGUUAUUGGAUAAAAUAGCAGUAAUAUUAGGAGGGAGAGCCGCUGAAGAUAUAUUUAUAGGGAAAAUCACAACUGGUGCCACAGACGACCUAAGUAAAGUGACCAAGAUGUGUUAUGCGUUUGUUUCACAAUGGGGAAUGAAUAAAGAAAUUGGACUAGUGUCGUUUCAACGUGAUAACACUGAUGAUCCUUAUUUCUAUCGUAACUAUUCUGAAAACACAGCACAACUAAUAGAUCAACAAGUUAGGACUAUUAUUGAGGAUCAAUAUUUGCGGGUUAAGAAAAUGUUACUGGGCAAAGCAGAAUUAGUACACAAAUUAUCCAAACUGCUGUAUGAUAAGGAAACCAUAACAUAUCAAGAUAUUGUACAAUGUGUAGGUGAAAGAGAGUUUCCAAUUAAAGAUAAAUAUAAACCUUAUAUAGAAGUCAAUUGUAAUGAUAAUGUAAAAAAUGAUUAA